GCUAGCAUGGAUGGAUGCUCUUAUAUGCCAAGUGCUAACAAGCUUUUCCCCAAAUCUCUCGCACUUGUUCCAUUUCCUCUCACUCCACUGCUUCCUAUGGCUGCGCCGAAGGCAAUGGGAGCUCUAGCGUUGCUAGUGGUUAUGGCUUUUCUGAGCAGGGGCAGCUCAGCAGUAGGCCGGCAGCUCAAGUUCAACGCCAAACAAGGCGAGUUCAAAAUUCUUCAGGUGGCCGAUAUGCACUUCGGCGACGGCAAGCGGACCGCCUGCCUGGACGUCCUCCCCCGCCAGGCCCCCAGCUGCUCCGAUCUCAACACCACCGCCUUCAUCCGCCGCAUGAUCCUCGCUGAGCGGCCGAAUCUCAUCGUCUUCACCGGGGAUAACAUAUUCGGAUUCGAUGCGAGCGACGCAGUGAAGUCGAUGAACCAGGCGUUUGGACCUGCGGUGAACACCGGCAUCCCCUGGGCGGCGGUGCUGGGGAAUCACGACCAGGAGUCGACUCUGUCGAGGGAAGGUGUGAUGACGCAUAUCGUGGGGAUGAAGAACACACUGUCGCAGCUGAAUUCCGGCGGAUCUCACGUCGAUGGAUUCGGGAACUACAAUCUGGAGGUCCAUGGAGCGGAAUUUUCUAGGAUGGAGAACAAAUCGGUUCUCAAUCUGUACAUGCUUGACAGCGGCGAUUACUCUACUGUCCCCUCCAUUCCUGGCUAUGGCUGGAUCAAGCCCUCUCAGCAACUCUGGUUUCAGCACACUUCUGGUAGACUGCAGACUGAUAUACCAGCAGCCUCCACCCCCAAAUCGCGAAAACAUCACAGCAGCCUCACACUUUGCGAUUUUUCUCCAAGCAGCGCCAAUCUCCGCGAAUUCGCCCUCCUCUCCGUGAUUUCGCCCUCCAUUCAUCAAUCGGUAAAUUAUGGCAUCAUCUUCGACUUCUGCUCGUCGGCUUGCGUGUGGUCCUGCGGAUCCUUCUGUACUGUAUCUUCAGAGACAACACGUCUCUAAUAACAUAUGGGCAGGAGUUCCAUCCGAAUACGUACGCUGCCGACGAUAUGAAGGAAUAAUUUGGAAUGUUCCCAUACAUCACCGUGUUCUGGCACUAGUGGACCAGAUGGGGUUCGGCGGUUUAUUGAGGUGUGGUCAGCCAAAGGAAAUUGACCACCAUCUGAUCACCGCUUUGAUUGAACGUUGGAGGCCAGAGACUCACACGUUUCACUUCCCAGUCGGUGAAGCGACUGUAACAUUGGAAAACGUGGAGGUUUUAUGGGGCCUGAAAGUUGAUGGAGAGGCUGUGACGGGUUACAUCCCCCCGACACAACCGGGAUAUUGGAGGAAAUGGCUUUUAAGCAGACAAGCUUAUCGCGUCAAUUGAGGAUUGAGCUGAAUGAUGAGCACGAACACAACAUAUAUGCUCAGCGGGCUCGUAUCUACUGUCUGCUAUUACUUGGUGGUCUGAUGAUCCCGAAUGCCACCGGAAAUAAAAUUUCGUUCUUCUACUUGCAAUUUUUCAUGGAUAUAGAACGGUGUUCUACCUAUAGCUGGGGUGGUGCGACGCUUGCUUGCUUGUACCACAAUUUGUGUGAAGCUGCCAUUGCUAAGAGGACGGAUGUCGGGGGAGCCUUAACUCUAUUACAGCUGUGGGCUUGGGAGAGAAUCCCAAAUAUUAGACCGAGGAUGCUAGAUCCCGUGCAUACAGACUAUCUACCAUGUGCAAGCGCGUAAGUUGUUCACUAAUUCAUUUUUUAAGCUUUAUGUUCAUCAAUCUUCGUGUUAUUCGCUCAUAAUUUAUAUU